AUCGGCAAGUCCUAGGCUCUGUGGUUUAACCCACAGCGCCACCCGCGUCCCACGUAUGUUGGUGUAGUAAGGACCAAAUAGAAUAAUACAUGGGUCGAUAAUGAGAGAGAAGGGGAUCCCACGGUCUAGUUGUGAGAGCCACAAAACAAAGCUCACUUGUUUUGUUCCUUUUGUUGUUUAGCAUUUUAAAGGUACUGGAACAAAUAGGUUUCAAGCUGAACUUCAGUGGGAAAAGUGAGUCCAUCGUUCUCCCAAGGCUGGCUUUGGCUCUCAUGCGCCCAGAUCCCGUGAAUUUCAAGGGAGUUGCUUUUGGGGUCAUAUCCUAUGACUCUGCAAUGGAUCCACAGAUUGAUAUCCGCCAGGCACCCUUUGAAACGGCCCUGGCAUCCAUAUUUUUGCCAGAACUGCUGAAGGGUUACUUGGAGGCCCAGUCCUUUGAGCCAGAAGACCACACAAAGAUCCAGUUUUCUUUCUUCGGAACAACUUCGCCAUUUCAGAUCCAAAUCAGGCAUACCAACAACCAGACAAUGUCAGUUUCCACAUGCCUUAUUUCUGUCAAAGAGGCUGGGGAGGAAGACAGAGCACGUCUCUCAAGGUUGCCCCAGAGACCACCACAGAGAAGGCUCUGCUCCUGACAGGUAGCUUUCUCACUUCAUGAGAGGAAGGUGCCUGGAAAAAGGCUUUGCUAGCAGAUUUUAACAGCAGGUGCUGCUGGGGUACAUGCAGAAGAUAUUUGGGAGUCCAGACCAUGAACAUCCUUGAAGACAGCUUGAAUUGGGCCGAGGGACCAUCUGCUAACAGUUGCACUUUAACAGCACUCCUUAUAAUGGCUAAUUUGGGUGGCGAGGUCCGCCAGAAUUGUAGCCCAAGUGAGAACGAGAAGCAAGUAGCACCAAAAAUCUUAAAAGGGGUUGAAAAAUUCUUCCAAAUCAGUCCAGCAAAGAGUAAGCAUGCUCAGUAACUGCAGAAUGUAGAGUGAUAGUUGGGGGGAGGGGCAGACAAAAAACUUUGCUUUCUAUAUUUAAAAAUAAUAAGAGUUUAAGAAACAAAGAAUUGAUCACCUUUUUUAAAAUGGCAGUGGUUGUUUAAUUAUAGCCAAAUAUUGGAAGAUGUUUGGAUGUGGACUUAUUAGAAAUUUGGUGGGUACUGUUUCUUGUUUUUCAUUCCCAAAAUUAAUAAAUUAAUAAACAAUUUAAAAGAAAAAGAGGAGGUGGGUGGGAGAGGAAGAGCUGGUAGGGUUGACAGUUAAUUCAGAUCUUGCAAAUCGCUCAUUCAACCGAAAAUGUAUAAGAGAAAAAGAGGGUUGUUGUGGUGUUGUGUUGUGUUGUUGUGUUGUGUUGUAUUGUGUUGAGUUGAGUUGUGUUUACCAAUGGUUGGCUCCCAAGCUAUGAAACUCUGC